AAAGGUGAUGGUCAGCUUCAGAAUUAAAGAGGAAAUUUAUUAUUCAGUUCACCAUUUACACUUACCAUGUAACUCAUGUUGCCUGCACUGUGUAUGCUAAAAUGCUAACUUAAAGUGCUUUGGUGUGUUUUUCCCUUCCCUGUGGUUAAUGUCAAUUGAAUUUCAUGCUGUUCUGCCAUAGAUGCAGAAAUCCUUGUGGUUUAUUACUGAGAAUGUUAAUUCUGUUCUUACCCAAAUGUUAAAGUAUUUAAAACAAGCCUCAACAUACAAGGGUUCCAUGAAAGCCCUGCUCUUUUAUAGUGAUCUCCUUGCUAGGUAUUUUAGAGACUGGGACUGACUGCUCCCUUUUCAAGGUAAACAUUGACAGGGAAGAACAAGUGGAAAGAAAGAAAAACAAAGAUACUUGUCUUUGUGGGAAAAGAGGAAGUGGUGCUAUGUUCACUGUCGCUUACUGAAAUAGCUGUUCAGCAAGAGGGAGAAAAGUGAGUAUGUUGAUCAAUAGAAAUGGAGUAAGAUCUGAAGAGAACAAAUAGUUCUCAUGAAAAGUAUCUGUGGAGUGUAUUUGGCUACAGCUUCCCUUUGGAAGAAGCCAGCUAGGAUAGUUGCACCAGGUCUGCAAUUAAAAGUGAUUGACAGUGAGAGAGUUAACCAAUCUAAAAGUCAAUCUGAAGUUUCAUCAUUCAGAACUCGUUUUGAGUGAUGAAACGGCACGUGGAGCAGAACACAGCUCUCAUAACCAUAAUUUCAGAUUUUCUGGAGGUUCAAGGAAGGCCGUUCCCCAUCAGCUUAUGUGCCUCUCAUCCUUGGAAGGUUUCCUUCACGGCUAAAAGGGCUCUUUCUAAUGCCUAAGCCACUCCUUCGUGCUGGAGUCCUGCCAGAGGAGGUGGCACACAGCGUGAGGGCAGGCCAUGGGCAUGCAGGGUUUGGCAUGUAGCCCAAAGCUGAGUGCAGAAGAAUGAAGCUGCAACCUGUUUAGGAGCUGGGGAGGUGGAAGAAGCCUGAAUUGGAGUAGAAAAGGGCAGGAUUUCUGCUGUUGUGGAGGAGAGUUGAGAAUGUCAGAGCUCUGUGUUGAAGAGUGGGGUUAGAAGUAGUUUAAUUUCAAAAGCCAGCCACAUGCAGAUUAAUUAUAAGCACUUGCUAAUUUGUUUUUUGGGGGAGAACGAUGAGUUCGCAUGAACUCUGUAGAUUAUUCUAAGAGCUGCAAGCCUCAGACGAAUACCAUGGUGCUUUUGGAUUCCAGGGAGAAAUAUUCUGAGAAGCUUAUAAAACCAUGUUGAGUAUUGAACUGUUACAAAGAAAAAAGUUUGGGUUGCUUUUUGCCUGUUUUGUUUUCCUAGUUUUUCCCUUCAUGGAAGGACAUAGUUUCAAGUUGCACAGACUGUACUCUCUCAUCUCGCCACCCGACUCUCCAACAACUGCUGCAUUUGGAAGAGAGAAGAUUUGCGCAUGGUCUCUCUUCCUCUGCAAAACAGCUAUGAAGAAAGAAGACACAGCUCCUCCAGCAAGCCACCUUUGACUCCUCCCUCCUCUUCAGUAUUUUCCCUCAUUUCAUCCUUCCCUUCAAAAAACAAAGGUAGCUGUGGAAGUGGGAGCAAUCGUUCAUCCAGUGGAGGUACUAGUGCAUCAUCAUCAAAUUCCAAGGUGUUGAAAUCGCCCAAAGACAAGCUGCAGAUGAGCGGAAACAACAGGUUAAUGCAUUCGGUACAGCAUAGCAAAGUUCCCCAUGAUAAAAUUAUGACUCCAUCUGUCAAAGUGGAAAAGAUUCAUCCAAAGAUAGAUGGUGCCCAACUGAAAGCUGCUGUUGGUCCAACUUGUUCUACUACUGUGAGUUCCUCAAUAAAGACUGGCCUUAAUUGUCCCUCAAUACCAAAGCCACCCUUGCCUUCCCCUGGACAGAUACUGAAUGGUAAAGGUCUUCUCUCUGUGCCUCCGUUUUUGGAAAAGAAACCUGAAGAAAAUACAAAUAAUAGGAAAUUUUUACAUAAAAGAUUGUCAGAGAGAGAAUUUGAUCCUGAUAUAUACUGUGGUGUCAUAGAUGUGGAAACCAGGAAACCUUGUACUAGGUCUUUGACAUGCAAGACACAUUCCUUAACCCAGCGGAGGGCUGUACAGGGUCGAAGAAAACGAUUUGAUGUGUUAUUAGCUGAGCACAAAAGCAAAACCAGGGAAAAGGAACUUCUUCGACAUUCGGAUCAUCAUCAGCAGAUGCCCCCUCUCAGGGAACCACAUCCCUCACCUACUAAAACUUCCCAGGAGCUGCACCAAAAUUCUCAUGGAGUUACUCUUACAGAAUCAAAGCCUUUAUUACCUAACAAACCCAAACCUCACCCCCCCAGUCUUCCAAGGCUUCCAGGCUGUCCAGCCCAGCACAGUGGAAAUGCCCCUAGUGAGUCUCCUUCUGUCCACGAGUCCCCGCACCCUCCCUUGCCUGCAGCUGAGCCAGCAUCUCGGUUAUCCAGUGAUGAGGGCGAAUGUGAUGAAAAAGAAGAGCCUGUUGAAAAACUGGAUUGUCAUUUUUCAGGUCAUCAUCCUCAACCAGCUGCUUUUUGCACAUUUGGUAGUCAGCAGAUUGGAAGAGGUUAUUACGUGUUUGACAAGCGGUGGAACCAUAUUCGAUGUGCACUUGACUUCAUGUUGGAGAAGCAUAUUAAUUCACAGAUGUGGAAGAAAAUUCCUCCAGCAUCCAGUAACACAGCAUCAGUUCGUGCACCUCAUCGGACAAACUCGAUGCCUGCUUCGCAGUACGGUGUCAGUGCAGCAGGUUUCCUCUUACCCACCACAGUUAUGUCAUCGCCAGCGUUGGUAUCUCCUUCCUGCGUGUCUCUGAAUAAUAAAUCAGUACCAUCACAUGGAACGACACUAAAUGCCAAUCCUGCUACUUUGGGUGCAGUGGAUCCUGUCUGCAGUAUGCAAUCAAGACAAGUGUCUUCAUCCCCUUCAACACCUACAGUGCUUUCCUCUGUACCUUCACCUGUGCCCAGCAAACCUCAGAAAAUGAAAUCCAGCAAAUCUUUUAAACCUAAGGAAUCUUCUGCUGGCAGUGGCACCUGUAACAGCACCGGCAGCGUCAGUAGCAGCGGCGGCUCAGGAAAGAAGCGUAAAAACAGUUCCGCACUGCUAGCACCUUCUCAUUCCACAGAAUCCUUUAGGAAAAACUGUGUGGUUAACUCUGGAAACUCUGGGACCUCCUAUCAUCCAUCAGUGACAGCUUCGUCCCACAGCGUUGGCCUCAACUGUAUGACUAGCAAAGCUAACUCUGUUAGCCUCAAACAUGACCAAUCAGGGAGGGGUCCUCCGACUGGAAGCCCUGCAGAAUCGAUAAAGAGAAUGAGUGUGAUGAUGAACAGCAGCGACUCCACGCUCUCCCUAGGGCCAUUUGUUCAUCAAUCCAGUGAGCUGACUGUAAAUUCACACAGCAGUUUUUCACAUUCGCAUACUUCCCUUGACAAAUUAAUAGGAAAGAAAAGAAAGUGCUCACCUGGUUCAAGCAGCAUAAACAGCAGCAGCAAAACAAAUAAAGUUGCCAAAUUGACAUCGGUGAACAAUGUUCAUGCAAAACACACUGGUGCAAUCCCAGGGACACAAGGACUGAUGAACAAUUCUCUUUUUCAUCAGCCAAAGGCACGUCCCUGAUAGCUGGAUGCACCACGGUGAGAAACAAACUGGACACUUUCCACUACAAGCAAAACCUCCAUCUGGAUUUCUGGACUCCAAGAUGCCUUGAGUUUUCCCAACUUCCCAUGGUCCUCAGGUGUGGAAAUCUACUGGACUGUCACU